AUGAAAAAAAUGUAAAAUAAUUAGUAUAGGGAAAUAAAUUCAAUAGCAUAAAUAGUCAAAGCCAAUUAAAAAAUUAUUCAAGCUGAGCUUAAUUAACUUUUAUAAUAAAAUAGCGAAAUCCUACCAAAUACUUCUCCUAAUGAAUUUGUUAAAUUAUGGUUUGAAUUGAAUGCUGAGGAGAGAUCAAAAUAUAUACUAUCAGGAUAACAUGAAUUGUCCAAUUUUGUUUAAUAAGAAUUAAAAUCUAAAUUUUUAAAUGUCAAUCAGAUUUUGAAAGCUGCUAACUUUUUUGAUGGAGUACCUUGGCAUUAUAAAAUUACAAGUAUCUAAAAUAAAUACAAUAGAUAAAUUUACCCAAAAUGCUUGUAUUAUAAGUUAACAUUAUAUGAAAGUCUUAGCUUAUAUAAAAACCAUUCUUUAAGGGUAUUUUUCCAUGAUUGAUCAAGUGAUGACUACAACCGUUAUUGAUAUGGAACCUUUAUCAAAUUUCUAAGCCUACUUUUAGACGAAAACAGAAGAAGGAUUUACAUUAUUUUGGGAAGUGGCUAUUGAUAAAGUUCCCAAACUAGUUUGUCAAAAUAUGUUGAAUAUCAAAUAAAUUGUAGGUUUUAAUUUCUAUCAUACAAUUACAUUUAUUGACAUAAAAUAAGAGAAUAUUCAUGAUAAAGAUAUUAAAUUAAUCAUCUAAAAUUAUCAUAUUGACACAAAAAGUUCUUAUUAUAGAAAAGGAAUUGAUUAUUCAAAGUUAAAAUGUGAAGAUUUUGAAAAUGAAAGCAAUAAAUGUUAUCUGUUUAUGAGGUCGACCAAUAAUAAUAAUUCAUAUUGGGAAUUAAACUAUAACUUAAUGAAGUAUGAUAUCAUAAAAUGGUUAAGUCAUUAAUUUUAACCAAUUUUUUUAAAUAAAUAGGAGUAAACAAUGUAUUAAUUUGAUGCAUCUUCUUAAAAGUGGAUAAGCAAAUUUGAUGAAGAUAUUUUACAAAAUGAAUCAUAGAUUCAAUAAGAAAAAAUAUUCAAAAAAGAUUUAGUUUAAAAAUUUGCAGAUUUUACAAUUUCAUCAAAAUUAGUAGAAUUUUUAUAAAAAGUUCCUAAUUUCAGUAUAAAAUUGACUGAUGAAUAGAAGUAAAUUAUUGGAAUGGAAGGAAAAAUUAUAUUUGGUGGCAGGAGUGGAACAGGAAAAACGACAUGCUUGAUCCUUAGACUUUUAGCAAUGAAACAUAUAUUUAAACUUAGAAUAGAAGUGCAUUAGAAAAAAAAUCCUUCAAUUGAGAUUGAUGACCUCUAUUUUAAUUGUUUAUUCAUAAGUAAUAAUAAUAUCCUGUCUAUCUAAGCAAAAAAAUAUUAUGAAAAAUUGAAUAAUUAAGUUUAAGCAGAAUUAAAUAAAAAUAAAUAAAAAAGAAAUUAUUAAAAUUCCCAAAAUUUAUCAUGGACCUAAGGAGUAUAGCAAGUUAUUUAUCCAUCAAAUAUACAAACUUAAGGCUAGUAAAAUGAUUAGUAAGAUUAUCCAUUAUUUUUAACUAUCUACUAGUUGAUUUUUAGGAUUGAUUCAUAUUUAAAUAAACCAUACUUCCCUUAAAAUCAAUCUUAACAAAAUUUAAAUAAUUAUAAUAUCUUUGCAGAAGAUAUGGCUUAUUAAUUUACUAAUUUAUUUUUGAAGUAAGAUAUAAAUUAGGAAGGGGAAAUUAAUUUGAAUGAUUUGAUUUAAUAAUAAUCAUUUAAGGAAUAGAAAAAUAUAGAAAAUAAAACUGAAAAAUAAAACCGGAAAGAAGAACAAAAAUAAUUGAUCAAUCAUUAGGAAGUAGAUUUUACUUUUUUUCUUAAUAAUUUUUGGCUGAAGAAAUGCUCUAAUGUUCAACUAAAUCCUCAUUUUGUUUGGACAUAUAUUUAUUCUUAUAUUAAAGGAUGCUCUAAUGCUCAUGAAUAUCCUGGACACUAUAUUUCGAAGAGCACAUUUUUAAGUAUGUUUAGCAAUAACAAAGAGUUCAAUACUUUAUAUGAUAUCUUUAUUUAAUAUGAAAAGUGGAGAGCAGAUAAAGGAUACUAUGAUUUAUUAGAUGUAGUUAAUCAUAUCCUAGUAUAAUUAAAAUAAGAUGAAAUAUGUAUGCCAUAAAUUCAUUAUUUGAUUAUUGAUGAAAUUUAGGAUUUGCCAGAGGCUAUGAUAUUGUUAUUUGAAAAAGUAUCACUUUUUGGAACAAUAUACAGCGGUGAUACAGCUUAGAAUAUAUCUAAAGGAGUUGGUUUUAGAUUUUUAACAAUGUAGGAGUUAUCAAAGAGAAUCUAUUAAAAGGAAGAAUAUCAAUAUUACUAAACAGAAUAAUUUCUUAAAACAUUAAAUCAAAAUUUUAGAUCAAAUUCUAAUAUUUUAAAGUUAGCCAACUCAAUUGUUUCCUUAAUUCAAAUGUAUUUUCCAAAAACUAUUGAUGAUUUUAUGAAGGAAUCAUCCAAUUUCAAAGGUGUUAAGCCUAUUAUUGUUAAUGGAAGUUUAGAUUUAUUAUUUUAUUUAUUCGAAGGACUAGAUAACUCUGAAAUUAGUGAGGAAAUAUAAAAGUAACCUAUAGAAUUAGGAUUUAGAUCUGUCAUUAUUGUUAAAAACAAGGAAUAAAAAAAAAAUAUACCUAAACUUUUAUAGCAUAUUUAGGUUUUAUCUAUAGAAGAAGUGAAAGGCUUGGAGUUUGAGAACGUUAUUCUUUAUAAUUUUUUCACUGAUAGUAUUAUUAAGGAAUCUGAAUGGAAGUUAUUGUAAACAUGUGAGGUUAUAGAUGAGGAAAUGAAUAAAUAAGCAUAUUUAACUAGUUUAACUAGACAAUCAACAAUUGAUUAUUAUACUUCUUAUUUUACUGGGUAUGAUGAUAAAAAUGGAAACAUCUUAUUCAAAAGAAUGAUACCAUAUAUAAAAUAUUACGAUGAGUUUACUUAUAGUAACAGUGGCUUAUGCAACGAACUAAAACAACUAUAUAUUGCAACAACGAGAUCUAGGUAGUGCUUGUAUAUUUUUGACGAAAAACCCUAAUAAAGGAGAUGGAUUGAACAAAUUUGGAAAAGUUUACAAUUAAUUGAAAUUGUUGACUAAAUAAAUUUUGAACAUUAAAAUUUAUAAGCCAAUCUUUAGAUUAAAUCGAAAUUCUAAUGGAAGGAACAAGGCAAAAUUAUGUUUCAAAAACAAUUAUAUGAACAAGCUGAAAAAUGUUUUCAAUUUUCUGAAGAGGAAAUUUUGUGUAAAAAAGCCAAGGGUUUUAGACUAGCCACAGAAGGUUGUUAACUCAUUUUGUCUUUUUAAUAAUAAUCAUAACAAUAUCUUAAGUUAAAGGAUAAAAAUCAAAAGAUAAGUGAAUUAAAGUAACAGUAUUAAGUUAAAUUAUAAGAAGCUGCGCAAUUGUUUUAAGAUACACUCAAUUUUAGAUAAGCUGCAUAGUGUUUAUACUUUUGUGAAUAAUAUGAUUAAGCAUUCAAAAUAUAUGCUAGCCUCGAACUAUUUUAAGAGGCAGGUGAAGCAGCCUAUAAAUCAGAAAAUUAUAUAUAGGCAGCAAAAUUCUUUUUAAAAUGCAAGGAUGUUACAAAAACAAUAGACUCAUACGAAUAGGCAAAUGAAUUUGAGUAAAUCUUAUAAUUUCUUUAUUAGUAAAAGGAUAAAAUAAAUGAUGCUAUUAGAACAGAAUUUAUUAAUAAAUAUUUUCCAAUUUUUUUAAAAAAGUUGACAAUUGAAUUUGAAAAUAAAUAAAAAUAUUAUUGUUAGUAAAGUACUGUAGAAGAUUUAGCUAGAAAAUUUAUUAUGUCUUAAAAGGAUAUAGAAGAAGAUAGAUAUCUAAAUAAUAAUAGGAACCCUAUAGAAUUAAAAAACUAAUCUGAAAACUCUUAAUUUGAAUUAAAUGACUAAUUCAAUUUUGAAGAAGAUUCUCUUUUUGAAUUCUAAUUUGAUUUAAAAAAAUAUAAAGAGCUUCAAAAUGAAAAUGAAAUUAAAGAGAUAGAUUUUGGAGAUUAUUCUAUAAUCAAUCCUUAAAGAGAAUGUGCGUUAAAAUCAAAUAUUCAAUGCAAAAAUUCUAAUUUAAAAAGCAUUCAAGAUUAAGAUUCAGUAAUAACUAAAUUAUUUAAAUAUAUAGCAAUGUUUUCAAUUGAAUUUUAGAAGUCUUUAUUGAAGAAUUCUAAUUAUUAACAGGAAAAAUAGUCAAAAAAUUAGAUUCAAUUUGAGUUUUUAGAUUAAGCAGAUGAUUAAUUAAUAAAUCUUGAUUCAAUAGAUUAAUCAUAGAUACUUUAUGUGUUAGAUGUAUUAAAUCAAUUUAAAAAUUAUAAAUUAUGCAUUUUUAUUUGCAAUAGAUAUAGCAUGUAAGAUCAUUUGAUUAAAUAUUUAUCUAAAAUUGCCACCUUCUUAUCUCCUUUAUCAUAAUAAUAAUCUGCAAUCAAUACAUUGAACCAAAGUAACUAAGUAGUUAAAGAAAAAUAAAUACAAAAAGGACAAGUAGCAUCUCUUACACUUCAUUAGAUAUUUCAAAUGAUCGAUCCUAAGUUCUUAAUUUAACAGAUUAGAUAAGAAGAUAUAAUUCCUUCUAAAUAUUUAGUUACUGAUUUUCAUUCCUUACUAAUUCUUCUUGGAUAUUGGAAGAAAGUAAUUUAUUAAUUAGAUUUUGAAAAUUCAUAAUCAGUUAGCUCUUUAUUUAUGGAUUUCAAAAGUUGGAAAUAUAGCUAUUGGAUGAAUGUUAUCGAAUAACUUAACAAGACAAUAUUAUCGACUGAUAUCAGAGAUCCUUAAUUAGAAAAUAUAUUCUUAAUUAAAUUAUAGAGAGCAAAAUAGAAUUUAAACUUAUGUCUCAAAAAAAACAGCAUCUUAUUUGAAGAAUUAAAUUUUGACUAACCUUUAAAUUAUUUAGAUAUAUAAUAUUGUAUUAUCCACCUGGAACAAUAUUAUGAUGAAUAAAUAACUUAAUUAACUGCGAACUAUAAAAUUCCAUAAUGGUUGUAUUUUAGAAAAUCUACUUUAAAUUUAGAUACUAUUGAAAAAAAUGAAAUAAAUCAUACAAAGCAUCAAAUUUUCAUCUAUUAAUUGAGUGAAGAAAUAUUUAGGAGUGUUCUAAAUGAAACUAAACUAAAUAAUUAAAUUAUCAAUGAGUUGAUUUAAAGAAUAGAAUUUCAAAAUCCAAUUGCUGAUUAUAUAUAACUAUUUUAAUCAGUUUAUUUGAUCUUGUUUUAUUGCGAGUAAAUUUUAUAUAAUAAACCUUAUCAACAAAUCAAUAGGGUAGAGAAUAUAAAUUGUAAAUAGUAUGGUAGUUUAAUGGAAUCUUUAAAUUCAAUAAUUAGAGUCUUUAAUUCUAACUAAGAUAAUUUGUAGAAGCAUCGCUAAAUAAUAAAGAGGAGCAUUUUUAGUUAUUUUAAAGUUAGAGAACCAGAUAAUAAUAAUUUACUCCACCCGUUUAUGAACUCAUUAAUAAUUCAUGGAUCAUCAAUUAUUCUUGAAGAAAUCAUUCAAUAAAAAGAAUCAGAAAACAAUGUAUUUUUUGCUGAUAUUGAAUUAAAUUUUGUUCUUGCACCUAGAGUACUCAUUGUAUAAAUUAUUACAAAAAAAUUACAUCAAAUAAUAUUAGAUUUAAAUGAUGCAAGAAAAAAAUGUGUGGAUGAAUUUAAUCCAAAAUAUUCAAUUUAUUUUAUCGAUAAAUUUGGAAUUCAUAAUUAUUAUCAGUAGGACAUUAAAGGUUAAAAUACUUAACAACAAUUAAAGAAAAAAUAAGAUAUGAUUACUGACGGAAUUUAAAAACAUUCAAAAUAAUUAUUUAAGAAUUCAACAAUCUAAGAGUUUCAUAAAAGAUCAGGAUUAUUAAAAUUAUUAUUAAAAAAUCCAUAUCUAAAAUGCAAUUCUAAAGAUUAAAAAUUUUGUAUUAAUUAUGAAGGGUUAUAUUAAUUGGCAAAUAAAUAUCAAAACUCAUCAGAUUUACAUUGCUAAAUGAUAAAAUCUAUCAUCUUAUUGAAUCACUCAAAUUGCAACCAUUUUACUUAUCUUUUUUUAAAUAAUAAAAUUCUUUAAGGAUGUGAAAAUUAAUAUUCAAAAUAUCUUGAAUUUCUUAAUUUUACUUUGUAUAAACAAUGGAACAUGAUAGAUAAAGCAACUUUAAGCUUUUUUAAUUAUUUAUCAAUGGCAAAGGAUGAGAUAACCGUAGAAGAAUUAAUCUAUAAUUUAAUUUUUUUAUUUCUUUAAAAUAUUGUUGGAUAAAAUCUAAACUUCAAAGAUAGAUGUCUUAUAAAUAUUCCAAAUUCGUAUGUUAUUUAUUUCGAUAAAAUAAACGAAAAAAAGGGAAACAAUUAUUGUCAAUAAAUAGCUUUGCUUCCUGUUUAGAAUCAAGAGAAUCUUGGCAAGAUUUUAGAUCAAUUAAUCAAUGUAAAUAAACUUAAUCCUACAUUAAAAUAAAAGAAAAUAUAAUAGCUAAUAUAUAUUUUGCUUAUAAAUUUAGAUGAGAUUUCUUAAGAAACGAUAAAAUUGAUAAGUUGUGAAAUUUUAUAAAAUAAAGAUCUAAAAUUUGAUAAAGGAUUAUAUGAUCAAUUACUCAAUGUAAUGAAUUAGCCUCUAUAAAUAAGAACUUAAUUUUUAUUAAAAAAUGAAAAUGUCUCUAAAUUCUUUAAAGUAAAUAAUAAUGAGCUAAUCUGCAUAGAGUUUGAAAAGUAAACAGAUCUGAAAUUGCUUGAGAAAGAUUCAAAAUAUUAAAUUAAAUUAUAAGCACAAUGUGAAAUGUUAAAAACACAAACAAAAAAGAUUUUUAGAGCUUAUAGGAUUCAUAAAUAUAGCGGCAGCACCUUCUUUACUAUCCCAAAAUUUUCUUAUGGAGAAUAUCCAUUUACGACCUACUUUAAAGUAUCCUAAUUUAUAAAUCUAAUAAGUAUUUGUAUGAUUAUUAGAGGCAAAUUAAUUUCAACAUUCUAUCAAUCAACCAAUCAAGAAGUAGAUGUUAUUUUUAAGAAUAUAAAUUAAUUUAAAUAGUUAUAAGAAAUAGAAAAUUAAUAUUAUAAUUAAUAUCUAUCCUUUGAAUCUAAAAAUAUUUCAAAGUUAGAAUUUUUUCAAUAUCGCUUAUAAUAUCGGAAAAAAUGUCAUCAAAUUUACAAUAAAUGUGAUUAAAUCAAUGAAUUAGAUUAUAAAGUUUAGACUUAGAAUAUAUUAGAUAAAAAUUAAUAAUUAGAAUGA